CUUAGUGGACAAAGUUAGCUGCAUAGACAAACGCUGUCUUAAUAUUCUCUCCCUUCCUUACGAAGGAAAAAAAGACACCCAUUCAGAGACCUAAGGCCUCUCCCUCCCCCUCUCUCUCUCUCUCUCUCUCUGCCCCUUCUCGCCUGCGAGUGAGUGCGAAAGCUUCCUCAGUGCCGGCAGAUCGAGAGUGCGUUUCAUCUAAAUUAGUCUUCUGCCGAUUCAGUUUUGGAUUACAUCCUGUUGCUGGUUUUGAACAAGGGAACCGUGAGGAAAGAUGUUUGGUUCUAGUAACCCAUUUGGGCAGUCAUCCAGUAGCCCAUUUGGGUCUCAAUCAGUUUUUGGGCAGACCAAUAAUGCUACUACCAAUCCUUUUGCCCCUAAACCCUUUGGUAGUACAACCCCUUUUGGCGCACAGACUGGGGGUUCCAUAUUUGGUGGCACUUCAACUGGUGUGUUUGGUGCAACCCAAUCUUCUUCCCCAUUGCCUUCCACAGCAACAUUUGGCGCUUCUUCAUCACCGGCUUUUGGAAGUUCAGUGCCUGCUUUUGGAGCUUCUUCAACUCCUGCUUUUGGUAGUUCAUCAUCAUCAUUUGGCGGAUCUUCUGUAUUUGGGCAGAAGCCUGGUUUUGGAGGUUUUGGGUCCACUCCUACUCAAACAAGUCCUUUUGGAAGUGCUUUUCAACAGUCGCAACCAGCAUUCGGAAGCAGUCUAUUUGGUUCCUCUACGCCUUUUGGUGCAAGUCAAGCUGCAUUCGGUGCUAGUAGCACCCCAGCCUUUGCUGCCACAAGCACACCAGCAUUUGGUGCUACCAGCACACCAGCGUUUGGUGCUACUAGUACUACGCCCGCAUUUGGUGCUACAAGCACCCCUGCCUUCGGUGCUACAGGCACUUCUGCCUUUGGUUCAACACCAAGUCCAACAUUUGGUAGCACAGGCAGUGCAUUUGGUGGUUCAGGCGCCCCAGUCUUUGCAUCUAGUGGAGCAUUUGGCGCUUCAAGCACCCCUGUUUUUGGAUCAUCAACUACAUCUGCAUUUGGUACCUCAAGCACUCCAGCAUUUGGUGCUUCAAGCACCCCUGCCUUUGGUGCUUCUAGUACCCCAUCUUUCAGUUUUGGGUCAACUCCAGCAUUUGGCCAAUCAACUGCUGCAUUUGGUAGCAGCCCCUUUGGAACAGCUACUUCUCCUUUUGGAGCUCAAAGCUCUCCAUUUGGAGCCCAGGCCACAACGCCAACAUUUGGGGGCACUGGUUUUGGGCAGUCAGCUUUUGGGGGUCAACGUGGCGGAAGUAGAGUAGCUGCUUACACACCAACUACUGAAGUAGAUAGUGGCAGUGGUACGCAGCCUGUGGGAAAGCUGGAGUCAAUAUCUGCCAUGCCUGUCUACAAAGAUAAAAGCCAUGAAGAGCUGAGGUGGGAAGACUACCAGUUGGGGGACAAAGGUGGACCAGCUCCUGCUAGUCAGUCUACAGGUGGGGUUGGCUUUGGUGCAUCCAACACACAGUCAAAUCCUUUUGCUGCUUCACCAGCAUUUGGUCAGUCAUCUGCUAAUCCUUUUUCCUCCUCAACAUCUUCAAAUCCAUUUGCUCCAAGGACUCCAGCCUUUGGCAGUUCUGGCUUUGGAGGCUCAUCCACUCCUGCAUUCAGUUCAUCCCCCUUUGGUGCUUCAUCCACAUCCAACCCUUUUGGAUCAACUUCAUCUGCAACACCUUCUAUAUUUGGAGCAUCAUCAACCCCUCCAUUUGGAGCCAGUUCUUCUCCGUCUCUUUUUGGAGCAUCAAGCUCAUCAGGCUUUGGGUCAUCACCUUCAAUUUUUGGUUCCACUCCAGCUCAGGGAACAGCUCCAGCAUUUGGUUCUGGCUUAAAUUUUGGUAACACUCAAUCAUCACCAUUGUUCCAGUCUUCAACACCUUCUCUUGGGCAGACGGCUUCUGCUUUUGGACAAUCUACCUCGGCAUUUGGACAGAGCACUACCCCUUCCUUUGGUCAAUCAAGCAUAUUCAACACACCUUCGACUGGGUUUGGGGGAAACUUGUUUUCAAGUGCUCCACCACUACUCUCUACAAGCAACCCUGUGGGUUUCGGUCAAACAACUCCCUCUCUUUCAACACCAUUUCAACCUGCUCAACCUGCUCAGACAAUUGGUGCUUUUGGCUUUAGCAACUUCGGUCAGACACAAGCAGCUGGUGCAAGUGGCUUUGGUGGGGGGUCAAACAUUUUUGGUUCAAAUGCCUUUGGACAAUCAUCUGCUGCUCAAAACUCUGUAGUUGUGCAACCUGCUCCUGCAGCAAAUCCUUUUGGAACUCUACCUGCAAUGCCUCAAAUGUCGAUUGGUCGCACUGGAACUGCACCUUCUAUUCAAUAUGGGAUUUCUAGCAUGCCUGUUGUUGACAAGCCUGCUCCUGUUAGAAUAUCAUCCUUAUUGACUUCUCGACACCUCUCUCAAAGGCGGAUUAGGUUGCCUGCAAGGAAAUAUCAUCCUAAAAAUGAUGCUCCAAAGGUGCCAUUUUUCAGUGAUGAUGAAGAAACACCUAGUACACCAAAGGCAGAUGCUCUCUUUGUACCCAGGGAGAAUCCAAGAUCUCUUGUCAUUCGCCCAAUGGAACAGUGGUCUUUGAGAUCUAAUGCAGAAAAAACAUCUCCAUUGAAGGAGGCAUCUAAACCAGUACAUGAGAAUGGUAAAGUGUCUGAAGAAGGAUUAAAUGGCUCCAAUGCUGGUGAUAAGGAUGCAAAUCUUGUUGAAAAUGGCCUUGCCAAGGAGCGAAUUCAUACCAUGAAGCCCAACCAGAAACCUAAUGGAGUACAUGAUGAUCAUUCCAUACAAAAAGGUGACUCGUAUAUCACUCUUACUGGGCACAGAGCUGGUGAGGCAGCCAUUGUGUAUGAACAUGGGGCUGACAUUGAAGCACUAAUGCCAAAGCUUCGACGCUCUGAUUACUACACGGAGCCUCGGAUCCAAGAAUUGGCAGCCAAGGAAAGGGCUGAACCUGGGUUCUGCCGCCGUGUUAAGGACUUUGUGGUUGGAAGGCAUGGCUAUGGCAGCAUAAAAUUCAUGGGGGAGACAGAUGUGCGGCGGCUUGAUCUUGAGUCCCUUGUCCAGUUCAACAAUCGAGAAGUGAUUGUUUAUAUGGAUGACAGCAAGAAACCUCCUGUUGGACAAGGCCUCAACAAGCCUGCUGAGGUGACCCUUCUAAACAUAAAAUGCUUUGACAAAAAGACCGGAGUUCAGUAUACAGAAGGGCCAAAAAUUGGUAAAUACAAGGAGAUGCUGAAGAGGAAGGCUGAGGACCAAGGUGCUGAGUUUGUGUCCUAUGAUCCCAUGAAAGGAGAAUGGAAGUUCAGGGUCAACCAUUUCAGUAAAUACGAGCUUGGAGAUGAAGAGAUAGAUGACUGGGAUAUGCAUGCUGUCCUGUAUUGCUGAUAAAAAGUGGGUGAUGUGGAUAUGCCUUAAAUGACUGGUUUUGUGGGUGACUUUGUUGUUCUGUGUGCAGACGACAUCAUCCUGGAGGAGGGGUAGAUUGAGAUUGUAUAGAAUUUACCAGAAAUUUUGUGGCAUAUUAGUGUUGGUUCUGCCUGUGGGAUUAGCUCUAUCAUCUGUUUGUCACGUGGCUGUCGAUCACGUGCUUUCUUGUGUUGUGGUCUCUACUCUUUGUUUUUCUUUGUUGAGCUUAUACAGGGUUUGUUUUCUUUCCCAUUAA